AUGAACGGCCACAUAAACCAAUACCCCGCCGCAACAGCCGCAGCGACCUACAACCAGCAUCAACACGCGCACCCUCAUCACCCGCAACAACAUCACCACACACAGCAUAUCCUUAUCACUUCUUCCCGGAGUAGGAGCAGUAACGGCAAGGAUACCGAUCAUGGCCAGGACGCGCCUUCAACGGGAGGCAGUGGCGAGAACAACAACGACAACAACGAUGAUCCAGAACAUCUGCCGGACGACGAUCUGAUCCGGUGGGCGAAUGCUCAAUUCACGGUCGACUAUCAACCGGGUGUCCAUUCUUAUGAGGACGAGCUUGCGCUCAAGAUUGCGCAUUCGCAGCGGCAGCAGUAUCAUGCUCAGCAGCAACAGGCUGCUUUGCUUCACCAGCAGCAGCAGCAGCAGUUAGGUCAGGGACAGAGGCAGUUCCAGGCGAUCGAUGGUACUAUGCAUAGCGGAUAUAUUGAUUCGGCAUCCGGACAAGAUUCACGGACAGACUUAUCUCUAGUCGAGCGGCCAAGGCAACGGAACCCUCAAAAGCAACAACAGCAAGCGGGAGGACAGCUCCGUGUACACUACGAUCCUCGUGUUCAACAACCCAUCUACGCUCAACAACAACAACAACAACAACAGGCUUACCUAAUCCAACAGCAGCAACAGUUUCAGGCAUACCCCCCUACAGGAGGUUUCCCAUCUUCACUACCGUCCUCUCUACCCUCUCAGUUGGCUGGUGUCGCUAUCCCUCAGCAAGGAGGCGGAAGUGCACAGCAGUUUUUGGGUCAUGUGACUACGUCUGGGUCGGACGACCCUUCAACAAGCAGCUCUAGAACGACAGCAGAAACGACAGCAGGAACGACGGGGAACAGGGGUCGUGUAAAUAGCGUCAGUGCUCUGUCGUCACUCUCACUCCUCUCGCCCAGUCACACACAGCCUUCCAAUCCCUCUCUCGGUUACUUUUCGCACCAAGAGAAGCUCCAACAACUCGAGAGUGAGCUGGAAGAGUAUGAGAACGAAUUGGCGGAGGAACGUCGUCUUCAGCAAAAGGAACGUGCAUCGUCCUCUUCAUCUGCGUCCUCUACUACUUCUGCAUCGAACCAGUUUCAUCCCCACCAGCAACAGCAACAACAGAUUCACCACCAAAGAGGGUAUUACCAGGACCAAGACCAGGAUGAUAUGAUGGACGACAUGACCUUCAGCGCCAUACACAGCGCGGUCCAAUCCCCACAAGGCGACGACGCCAUGAACGACGACGACGACGACCCAAACCUAUACCAGAACCAACCUCUUUCCUUGGACCCAGAAGAAGCGGCCCGCCAGGCAGCCGACGCAGAAGAAGACAAACGUCGCCGCAACACCGCAGCAUCCGCCCGAUUCCGUCAAAAGAAACGUCUCCGCGAACAAAUCCUCGAAAAGACCGCCAAGGAGAUGACCGUAAAAUCCGAAAUCCUCGAGGCCCGUGCGAGAGAACUCGAAAUGGAAAUCAAGUGGUUACGGGGGCUAAUUGUCGAAAAAGGGAGUGCCUCGGUUGGGUUGCAGGGUGUGGGGCCGGCGGUGUUGCCAGGUGGUGUUGUAAUAUCUGGAGGCGUUGGGCCAGGAGGGGUGGGGUUGUUGUCGAGCUCGUUGCCGAAUUCGUCGUCGUUUUUGGGACCAGAUUCGUUUGCGGGGAGUUCGAAAGCCGCAGCGGCCGCAGCGAGGAGGCCACGGAAGGUCCCACCGCCUCUUGCUGCCAAACCUGCGCCACCUUCCAACUAG